GACCGUUAAAUAUACCAGCUAUAGUACGAUGACAGCGGCAGCCAGUAGUGCUCCGUUUGCGCUCACUGCUUUGCAUUAGUUUAUUUGAGGCAGAUUGUGUUUCGUUUUCAACGCAUUGUAGAAAAAUUCGUAGCGUUUAUGCGGGAAAUGAUCUAUUGGCCUUAUCUAUUUUCAUAGUUGUACACAAUGAUCAGUUAGUUCAGUGCAUUGGCGUUGGAAGCCUAUUAUGAAAGUGAUAUCUUUAACAUCGAUCACAUUCGAGGGCUUAGACUGAAUAUGUGUGGAUUUAGCCCAUCUAGAUAAAAUGUAAGAUGCAUUAUUUUAAAUCCAUGUUUUAGUUAUUAUAUAGCAUUUACAGUGAACGGCACAAUUUUUUGUGCUAUUUUUCAAGUUAACACUGCAUUUAAAGAAAAAUGACUUAAUUGUUAAUUCAGACGCAAACAAACAGCGUUUUCACAAUGCCAUCUCAUAGUCAGGAGAUAAAUAUCGAUAUAAAUUCGAAUGAAGAUUCUGGGUCUAUAAACGAGCAAAAAGAGGACAAGAGCAAAGAAAUGAAGUACGUAAACACAGAUAGUAUUGGAAACAAUGCGCCAGCAGGCCUUAGCUCGGACCAAAAGCUGGCAUUUGCGUUGCGAGAUUUUUUGGGCCCGUCUAACAUGGUUCUUGGCGAAGAAUCGCCGUCUCCGUCCAAUAUUGAGCAAAAACUGCCUUACAUAGAUGAAAUAUUAGACACUGAAAUAAAUAAUUCCGACGAGGAGCCUCAGACCUGUCAGGAAACGGAGGAAGUGUUAAAUAACGCAGCAUGCCGGUUGAGGCGGUGGCGUGCAGCGUCACGUAAACUUCGUAGACCUCGCAUUAUAGAUAAUUUGUGUGCUAGCAAAGAGUGUGGUGUUGCCGGGAAGAGUUUUAGUGGUGGUCAUACAGAUUUGGCGGAUCGUUUACGUAGCCUGGCUGCGACGGGCAGCAUGUCUGCCUCGGCCGGAGAGUUGUUGUCGCUGGCGCCGCCGCAGGCCGCCGCCACAGCACCGCCCUCGCCGGGCUGUUUGCUGACACCGAACCUGGCAGAUCAAAGCUCAGCUGAAUAUUUCGGUUCAAGUCCGGAAUGCUGUAUUGACAUCGUAGGGUCAAAGAACACAAAUACAGCAGGCACUCCAGUACCUCCUCCUGGACCACGAUAUAAACUGGCAACUGAAGCGACCUUAAGAAUUUGUUCCUUCCAACACACAAGAACAGUGGUUGAUAAAAUUCUGGCAGCAAAAUUCUUCCGAAGAUGGGAGACGCAUAUCCUGUGCUUGUUAGAAGACCACAUAGUUUCAAAGGCGCCCUAUGGACAACUGGAAAAGCCGCUGUCCUACAGCUGUAUGCAAGAGGUAUACUGUAUAUCACGGUGGGACCCGGCGAGGAAGUAUUGCUUACGGAUAGUCAUGCCUCAUGGUUCACUCCUUUUGCAGGCAAAUGAUGCAUAUACGAGGGAUCAAUGGUACUAUUCUAUAGUGUGGAGGAGAAACAUGAUAAGAUAUCGGAAUCUAUUGACGAAAUCUGUAAGAAAAGAAAUCGUAUUAAAGGAGUUAAAGAACAUGGUAGACUUCGUGAUGACAACACCGUUGCAAGAUGAAUGUGUGACGCGGACGCCUCUGCAAAUACUAACCGAUUUACUUUCAGAGAACAAAGAUAGUCCAGACUGGGAAGAAUGGGCAGAGAUAACCACCAGUGCCGCAUCUCCUCUACUAGCUGAAAGAGGAGUGAAUGGGGAGCUAUGUGCCCUACUGGCCCGCCUCUGCAGGCUACGGCCGCGCUCAGCUCCUCUGCCAGCUCUAGCACCACCAGUGAGACGAGUGCUUACGAGAAAUGUGGACUUCGGGAAGGCUCCACAUGCAAGGCAGUUCGUCAGAGAUUACAUAAGUGCCUUAAGUGCUCACAACUCCGGGCCGAGUCUUGUCCGUCGCUUCGUGGAAGUGACGCAUGGCAACCGCGCGACGUGCCCGCACCCACGGGCCGCCCCCAACUUGGCCGCGGUUGUUCUAGCCGCUAUAGAUGAUCACUAUCGGAAUUACACGAUGCCGCAUCAAUGCGACGAUACUGAGCAUGAAGUGCUUUGCUUUGCUGAUAUCUUGGAGCAUAUGUGUGAAUACGAAGACUGGCUAUCAGUGGUCGGCGGGGUGCUCCAACCAGUGCCACUAUGCGCGAACGCAAUGGCGUGUCCGCGUAUCGCGUUCCGGCUGGGCAACGUGCUGAGCGCGCUGUCCCGGGACCAGCGCUGCGCGGUGCACGGCUGUGUGUCCCCCGCAAGGGCUGCUCGACCCUGCCCACCGUCGUGGUUACGAGCGGCUGCACCGUCGGAUCCCUUGCUGUCGCUACCGCACACUAAGCUGUGCCAGCUCUGGGGUGAUAUGGUGCAGGGGUUAAUUAACUGUUGCUGCAAGAGGAAAAGUUUCCUACAGAGCAUGAGUAAACAACUACCGGACUUUAUUAUUGUUGCGUUUACGGAACAUCCAGCAGCUUUAGAAUCACUUUGCCUUAUGCUCGAGUGGGAGGUAGCCAGUGGAGAACAGACUCAGCUAGAAAUCAUAGCAGCUUUACAGGGAACACAAUUAGGAAAACAAUAUUACACAGAUUUGUGCGAACGGCAGAAAACAUUACAGAAACUGCAAGCUCACGGAGGUCCUAAACGUUUGGCAUUGCCAGUGCGAGCGACUGACGAAGAUGUGGCAGCGUUGUUAGAGGCUGGAUCUCUUGGAAACUUAGAAUGUUUAAGUCUCGCUUUCACAAGCGUAACAAGCGCGUGUGCACAUCAUCUUAUCAAAUUACCUUCCCUUCGAUAUCUAAACCUUUGGGCUACAAAGUUUGGCGACAGUGGCGUUCAGUUAAUCGCAGAACAUUUACCGCGUCUGCAAGUUUUAAAUCUUUGCGAGACACCAGUGUCUGAUAAGGGCAUUGAGGCGCUAUCAGGUCUAUCGAGUCUUCGCAGAAUAAAUCUAAACAGUACAAAAUUAUCAGCUGAGGCGUUCGAGACGUUGCGCCAACGGUUACCACAGCUGCAGGAAUACGACGUGCGGUACACUGAAGCGUGGUGACGAAAUCAUCACACCACUUUUUACGGCCAACAUAAUUAGCAUAUAAAUUAUUACGCUUAUCAACCUUUUGUAAAAGUGGAAGAAUCCUACCUUACUUCAUUGUGGCGAAUCGCAAAAUUGAGUCAUAGCCAUUGAGUUACUAUGUACUACGUAGUAAGUAGUAACUCGAUGGUCAUAGCAAGAUUAGAAUACAUUAUGUUAAAACGUUAUUUUAAUGCAUACUUAUAAGAUUAGAUCGUAAACGGCACAACCAUACUUAGCAUUUAUCUAUUAAUAAAUAAUUAAUUUAUAAAUAUUCCGGAUUAUUUUGGUGCGCACGCGUGUUAUCGUUAAGUUGUUAAAUGGAGGAUAAGAGGAUUAAUAAAUGUAAUGUGUUUAACUUACAUUUAUAAUUUCCAAACAGUUGCAUUUAUUUACAUUUGCAAAACUAUUAUAGAAAUAAGAAUUGUAAUCGGGUUAGAAUAAAACUAAUACAUUUAAAUAAACUUAGUUUAAAUUUCAGAUGGUCUAAACGAAUUAUAAAUGUAUUAGUUUCGGGGGUAACAAUUCAACUGGGAGAUAAUUUUAAAUAUGCAUAUUUAUUUGUAACCAACAAAAGUAUUAAUAUCUAGUUCUACUUCAAUUAUAAUUUAGUUUUGUUAUAGACAAAUAAAAUCUCGAAUUUCUCAUUUCGAAUUCGUGCAUUUGUUUAUUCCAGCACAGUUAAUUAGAUAAAUUUUAUAUUUUAAUAGGUCACACAAGCCUACCUAUGGAUAGAACAUAACUUUACUUUAUAAAGUUUAAUGUAAAUAUGUCGUAUCUGUUUGAAUGUAUAUCUAUUGCUUUUAUAUUUUUAUUUUUUUCCUAUUUGAUGAAUACUCUUUGUUGUGUUUAAUGAAAUUAUUUGCUAUUUGUGUUAAAAGAGGUCAGUUAUUUAUAAAUCAAAAUUUAUGUUUAUCAAAAGAUUUAAAGACAACAUCGAUACAUUGUUUUUUAUUGUUUUAUGGAGAAGACAAAAUUAUCGGUCGAGAUAAUAAACUUGUUUGAUUGAUAAUUUCAAUCAAUCAAUUGUAUAUUGACGAUAAACAAUGAUACGUUUCAAAAGGCGCUCUUAAGAAAUGGGUCCACGAUUUCAGUUCAAAUUCCGCACUAAUUUUCCAAAUGUGAUGAAAUUUUUAUUUUACGAUCCGACAAAUUAAAUUUUAUAUUUUAUCAUUUAAAUAUUAAGUUUGUUAAUAGAAUACCUAUUAGUGAAAUCGGACACAGAGUAAACAUAUUAAACACCAACUGCCUACUGGUUCAGUGAACUUGUUUUAAAGUGAGUGAUUUAAAAGUAUUAUACGAUUAAUAAUAAUUAUAAAUUAAGAUAUUUGGGCUGUGAGAAAUAUGGGAAAUUGGUAUGAAUGAGAUACUGCGAUUGUGUUCUAUGUAAUGUACGUCUUGUAAGUGUAUUCCCGCCGUAAUAUUUGUGUCUGUACCCUGCGUUACACUACGAUAAAUAGAUGAAGAUUAAAUUGAUUUUAUUUAAAUUAAUUCAUGAUUCAAGCAAUAAAAAUAAAUAACAGACGUUUCUAUUUAGUUGAAUAUUACAGUGAAAUAAAAUUUCCUAAAUAGAAUUUAAUCAUAGAUUUUUAAUUGUCACAGGAAUAUAUCGCAUUCAUUACUUCCUAAUAUUGGAUUAUACGCACAUGACUACAAAACUGCAAACUGCAAAAGUUUCAUUCAAAGGUAAACUGAUACAUAUUUAACAAACACAAGACCAGAGAAAUAUAGCUUCUAUGAUUUGAUAUAUCUUUUAAAAUUAAAAUAGAUGUGGAAAUUUUUGUAGUUAUUCAGUAAUGUAAAAAUUGUUAUAAGUUAGCUAAGUAAACUCCAAUAUGUUAUGCUCCUCGUUAUUAAAAUUAAUUUAAUAUAGUUCAUAUAAAUUCUUCUUAAAGUAUGGCAACUUAUUCUCGCUCUUUGGAGAUUCUCUUAGUAAAUUUAAUACGCACUCGGUAAUGAUAAUUUAUAUGAUGAAGAGGUUAAGACUUAUUCAAUGUUGUAAGUACCUAUGCAGUUUUUUUAAUAAAAGAAUUAUUAAUGGAA